CUUGAGGUCAUGCGCGGUCACAUCAGGCAGUUCGUUGCAACGUAAAUUUUAGAAUCCACAUGUUGUUUGGCUUUGAUACAUAACACGUCAUAAACAAACGGUAAUGAGGGUAGAAUGGUUGUGGCGGCAGUUGUAAGUUUUAUCGCCACUUGGAUUGGUGCGUCGGACAAUGCGAUAAGACUUCUGCUGUCCUUGUUUGCAGGCUACCCCCUGGCCUUCCUGUAUCGGCACUGGAUCAUCCUUCAGCCUGCUCCGGUCAAACACAUCUUCUUCACUGUCUGUGGCCUUGUUCUCUGUUACUUCAAUUUCGGUGAUGCUGUCUCACACUCGCUUGUCAAUAUCCUGGUCGACUAUGUCAUCCUCUGCCUCAUCCCGGGAACAGCGCUGUCUGUGGCCUUGGCUUUCGUUUUCAACACAUUUUACCUGAUGGCUGGGUAUUACAAGGUGGAAACGGAUGACUACCAGAUCAUGUGGACCAUGCCCCACUGUGUGCUGACACUCCGCCUUACAAGUGUUAUAUUUGAUGUCUAUGAUGGACACAGGAAACAGAGGAAGGCGGAGUUGACACCUGACCAAUCACAGACAGCGUUAGAAAAAACACCAUCAUUGUUAGAAAUGUUUGGUCAUUGUUACUAUUUUGGAGGAUUCCUCAUAGGACCACAAUUUUCUAUGCGGAGAUACCUCAACUUUAUAGACGGUGCUUUUCAAAAAACGAAAGAGGAGCCUCCCGAUAGUGUGUACCCUGGAGUACAGAGACUGCUACUAGGACUGGUGUAUAUAGUUAUUUUUCAGACUGGCAAUCUGCUAGUACCAGAUGAUUAUUUAUUAUCUCUAGACUUUGAGAAUGUUAAUUUUCUCGCCAGAUGUGCCUAUGUUUUGAUAUGGGGGAAGCUUGUUAUCAUGAAGUAUGUCGGUUCAUGGUUAUUAGCAGAAGGCAGCAUUAUAAUAUCUGGUCUGAGCUACAAUGGGAAAGAUGAGAACGGGAAGGCCCAGUGGGACGGAUGUACCAAUGUUAAUCUCACUAAGCUGGAGAGUGCUGUCACAUUCCACCAGAUGAUACAGUCCUUCAAUAUCAACACUAACAUGUGGAUGUCCAAAUACAUAUUCAAGCGGUUAAGGUUUCUGGGCAACAAGUUUGUGUCUCAGGGCGUGACUCUGCUGUACCUGGCUGUCUGGCAUGGUCUUCACACUGGCUACUACAUGUGCUUCAUGCUGGAGUUCUUCAUGACCAACACACAGAAUCAGCUUGGGAGUCUGGUAGAUGCGAGCCCCCAGUUGAAGAGCUUGGUGCAACAACCAAGCAUCAAGAUUGUCUUGUGGGGCGUCAGCAAAAUCAUCACCACUUUCUCUCUCUCCUACGCCCUUGUUGGCUUUGGCCUUCUCACUGUACCCAAAUGGACUAAGGUCUAUGCAUCAAUAUACUACAUUGGUCAUGUUGUCUUCCUUGGAUGGCCUGUUGUCUACAUUUUGCUCAAGAAAUUUGUAUUGCCACGGAAACGAGCUGUUAAUGGAAUCCAAAAUACUCACAUGUCUGAGGAAAAGAAAGACACCUAGGGUGGUUUGCUGUGAUGUUUUUGUACAAAUAAUCUUGUAGCAUAGAGAGAGUGUGAGUGUUUGCAUGAGAAGAGACUGUGUCACUUUGUAAGACAUUCCCACUGCGUUACUAUCACAGUCAUAUCGAUCAGAGAAUGUCAUAUAGCAGUGAAAUAAUUUACUUAGGACUUGAACUGACGUGUAAUGGUUGAUGAAAUUUCAUUAAUACAAAUUGUUGUAGGCAUGUCAGGUUAUUAUUUUCAAAAUGUGAUUCUUCUCAUGAAAUAUAACUCUGUAUAUAAUACCCUCUUUUCAAAGCAAGUUAUUAACUGUAACUCACAAUGCAACUCAGUUGAAUUGUUUGAGAUAUAUACCGGUAAUACAUUGAUGGCACCAACAGUGCUCAUUCUACUUCAAGUCUAAUUGAACCAGUAAACACAUCUUAGAUUCUGUAUGGGACUCACAAAGCUGAUAGAUACAGGCACAUUACAUCUAAGCAAGUUGUUGCAAUUGCACACAUAUGCUACAGUCUGCGACUUGAGCCAAUAGUCCGAAGCCGAGUCUAGUAAAAUUCUGUUCUGUCUUCUAAGAUCAGCUAAUAAAAAGCCAUAUGAUACCGUAACAUUAUAAUGUACUAACAAAAUAUGAUUAAAGUUCAGACAUGUGGACUUAAAUGUUAAUUGGACUAGAUAAGAAAUUCCAUAUUCUUAAAGAAUUUAGAUGACUUCAAGGGCAGAUUGUGCAAGGUUGUUGCAAUAUUCUAAAUCAGUGUUGAAGCAUAGGAGUUACAAUAUUUACAAUGAUUUUGUGCAACAGCGUCCUGGUAAAAGUAUAUCACUAGAGGCCAAUCUUAGCACAAGCAGUGAUACAAGUUUACUAGCCAAGUCUUUUUGUCUGAUGCUAAAGGGAUCCAAAAGUAGAGAUUCAGGCUUUUAGGGGUGUCCUUAUAUAUUAUUACUAUUAGAGCUAGUUAGUGUGUUAUGUCAAGUUGCAUCCCUGAUCAGAAACUUUGAAAGUGUUUUACUAAUUUUUUUGCCAAGUGCCUCUGCUUUGAUAAGAGAUUAAUGGAAGAAACUUAUCAGUCGGUUAGGUGAAAUAAGUGUAUGCUUGUGGGUAAUUGCAGGUGUGUACAGGGUGUGUGUUUGCAAGUGUGAGUGUUUACUGACAUUUGUAUCUGUAUAUUUCCAUGUGUGUAUGUAUGCUUGGCUGCAUUGUGGUCAGUAUCUUCAUGCAAUGCUUGACAACUUUUCCAUAUCAUAAGCAUGUGGAGGGGCCACGGUCCGCAGAGAAACAUGUACAUAAGGAACAGCUAGGAUGAGAAUAUGAUAGCAAUCUUUUUGUAACAUUACCAUUUCAUGAAAUAAUAUAAUGGGUGUAUUUCUAACAUGUGAGCGUUAAAUAUCAGCACAAUAGUGUUUUACUUUGCCAUGGUAAUGAUGUGUAAUGAAUUUACAAGCAAACUGUCACUUUUGUGCUGAGGUGAGGUAUUACACAUUGAGUUAGAAUGGAAGCAUGGCCGUGUUUUGGUAGCUCUUUGAAGCUGGGGACUGUCAUAGUCAUAUGCACAUAUUGAAUACAGAUUUGUUGUUGUCAGUAUGGGGUGGUGGGGUAGCCUAGUGGUUAUAAAGCAUACGUUCACCGUACCAAAGGCCUGGGUUUGAUUCCCACAUGGGUACAUUUUCUGCUGUCCCCAACUGUCUUGCUGCUGUAGUAUUGCCAAAAGUAGUGUAAAACCGUACUCACUCACUUUUAUCAAUAGACAUAGAAGUCAGGGCAGAGGGUUUUUUUCAUAAUGAAAACUAUUGGUCUCGUACCAUUGCAGUUAUGAGCAAGGAAGAUUUCCUGAACAGUAAAAUGUUUUCUUUUCAAACUGUGUUACUGCUGUAGUAUUGCCAAAAGCAGUGUAAAACCAUACUCUCUCACCCUUAUCAAUAGAAAUAGAAGUCAAGGAAGAGGGUUGUUUUCAUCAUGAAAACUUUUGGUCUCGUACUAUUGCUGUUAUGAGCAAGGAAUUUAUGACAGUAAAGUGUCUUCUUUUCAAAGAAGAGUUCAAGUUACUGAUAUUCCUGCUGCUGUGAGUGACAUUGUUGGCAUCCUCGGCAUUGGUAAUCAAUUUGUGACAGUUUUUCUAAAACAUGUCACCUAAUGUGAAUUAUCUGAACUUUUAACCAUGGCAACAAGCUGGUUGCAGGGUAUGUUUAUAUAAGGAUAACUUAUGCGAACAGGAGUUAAUGCCAUGAUUAUUGGGGCCUAGGGACGUCAUUCUCAGAGAUAUAGCCAAGUGGUUGCAUCCAAACAUGGGUACAGUGCAUGAAACCUCCUAUUCUUGUCCUCAAUGGAGAUUUUACUAAGGUGAUGUCAAGUUCAGUCUCCUAGGACCAAAGACAUAAAGGAAACAGGCUUCAAAAAUAACAUGAUUGUCUAAAACUGGUAAAAUUAAGAAAGAAAAUUUCUGUGAGGAGUACCUCUGUUACCAUUAUGUAGCAACAGUAGCAGAUCCUUUUUGAGGCCAAAAAAAAUAAAUUCAUUUUUCUAACCUGGUAAACAUUUUGUUAUCAGUAUUAUGAGCAGGUGAGAUCUGGAUGGCCAUUCCUGGAUGCCGUUAUUUGUAGUGAUCAGGUCGCAUCUAGAACACGGUCAUGUUUCCACAGCUUGAGUGAAGUGUGCUUGACCACCACAUAAUCACACAUGUGUGUCUUGUGCCAGCAGUUGUGUACAAUGCUUCAGUAUAAUAAUAGUUGUUGUUUUGAAGUUUCUACCUGUUACAAGGUACAGAUAAUGGUGUGUACAUAUGGGUGAUCUACAGUUGAUGAGUGAAUAUGUUUGGGAGUUAGUUGUUGUUUUUUGUGAGAAAAUUUAUUUAAGAAAUGUUAGAUGCAUUUUUACCUGUUGGUUGAUUAUUUAAUUUUAUAUGGUUACCGUGGUGAUUGUAUAUCCAUGGUUACUAUUAGAUUGACACAACUUGUGUUCGAAUUUGAAUCAUAGUAGCUUCAUACCUAUUUAAGAUUAUGACCCAUCACAAAUUAUUCCUGCAUAUAUUCUGAUGACAACGCUUACAUUUUAAUGUUGGAAAGCUUUUUGUAAACGAAAAAUGAGCAAAAUACGACCUGAGGUUGGAGCUCACUGAAUACUUCAUUCAGAAGAUGCAACAUCAGCAAGCAUAGCUAGGAUAGUUAUUCACUGUUAGAUAUGGCAGUAUGUUUGAAAUAUUCUCAGUUCUCAAUUUGACACGUAGUGCAUAGUAGAUAGUAGAAACAUUUUUCAAAAUAGAUAUACAUAUUCAAUAAUAGUUGAUUCUUGCUUUUUAUAUUAUACAAUUCUUGGUUGAUGGGUCAAAAUUUUUGCACUUAGAUAGACAGGACAUUGACAUUGACAUUGACAUGCUAACAUUGCUGGCAUCCCUGGAGCCUUGGAGACGUCGCCAGUGUUGCAUCUGGAGACCUUUGUGGUGAAGUUGAUGCUUAUUUAUCAAGACUUUGUGCAGUGUCAUUUAAUAACAUUGGAGAACCACCGGCAAUGCAAAAAUGAACUAAAUCAUGCAAAAUUUUAAUCAGGUGGGAUAAUAUAUGCAGUAAGUUAGGUUUGAAUUGUGAAAAAACACAAACUUGGUAAAAACAAUGGCGUUUCCUUUGUGAUGAAUAUUUUCAUUGAUUGUGCAAGGUUCAGAGAUGAGAAUGCUCAAAAUUAUCUAAGACCUUUCAAGAAAAAUAUUUGCUUUACUGGUCAAGAAGAAACUGUGAGAUCAAUGGCUAGGGUGUCAUGAAGGACAUAUUGAUAAAACAAGACUGAAAGAGAAAGGAUUUGUCAAUGCCCUUUUACCCCUAUUUACGACCACAUUUGUGACUUAAUUGGUCCACCUUCCAAUUAACAACAAAAACCUGCAGUAUUUAUCUUUGGAGCUUCUUUAAAAUUUAGUCACUGUUUAGCACCAGCAAUUCCAAUGGUGGUGUUAACAGUCUGCAUGUGCUCAUAAAUACACCUCCCGAUUUUUGGUUAUAAGGAUGCUUCUUGAACUUUUAUUUGAAUUGGGGUGGUGGGUAGCCUAGGGGUUGAAGCGUUCGCUCGUCACGCCGAAGACCUGUGUUCGAUUCCCCAAAUGGGUACAAUGUGUGUCCCCUGCAGUGAUAUUGGUGGAAUAUUGCCAAGAGUGGCAUAAAACCAUACUCACUCACUCUACUGGAAUUUGUUCAAGUUGAAAAGGAAGAUUAAGGAGCCAAUGUUUACCAAGAGGUAUCAAACAAGAAUCACAUCAGAUGCAACACUGUACCUCCAGGCUAUAACUGGACGUUCAGGGAGACUGGUAGGUUAGACCCAUCCUUGAUUGUCAAGGGAAAUAUGGUCCAUUCUGUUAUGAUAAAUACCCUUGACUCGUUCACCACCUUAGCUUUGUAUUGGAAGUGAUUUCACCAUCUUGAUAUCUCUUUUCAAUAACUUUCCACAGAAUUGUCCUUGCACGAGUGUAAUUCAAUUUGAUUGGUAUCGUUACUGUUGUGUUAUUUGAAUUGGACUCAAAAAGAAGGUAUGAUAGAAUGGGUCGAGAGUAUUUAUGAGAGAAUGGAGAUAUUAUACCCUGGAUAAUCAUUGAUUCAGUUAGAUAUACAAAUACUUCUAUCCUGGCAUGACUGUCAUCACUUAAUGCCUUUCUUUGUCUUUAUGUUAAGCUAUGUAGAUUUAUAUCUUCCGAGUUUGUGUAUCUAUGAUAGUGACUUAAAGUACCAUAGACACACAGCCCUGUUUCACAGAGUGAUCAUCGUUUCUACAACUGUCUAUGUUAAACUAUUGGCUUUGUGAAACUGGGACCUGCUGGUCUAGCACUUUAAAUGCAAGCUGGUUUGUGUGGGGGAUCCAGGGUGGGAGGAGGGCAUAGGGUUCCAGUUGUGGAUUGUGUUUUGAAAAAGAUCACAUGGACCCCAGGGACAUGAAAUGUAUGAUACCUUUGAUUAUUUAAAUAUGUUAUAAAUUUUGACCCAGAUUUUCUCAAGAUUUCAUAAUUUGAACGCACACCGCCAUUGAAGUUAUGAAUUCAUAAUUUUAGCCCCUCCUUUGGGAAGUCCUGGAUCCAUCGGUGAACUUUGCGCCAGUUUCCUGUAUGUCUUCAUAGAUUAGCUAUCAGCCAGUACCAAACUGACCUGACAGAUGAUUGGUGUUGAAAGAUGACUGCACUCAUUCAUUCCCUUUGAGGAAUUUGUGUGAAAACUUUUAAUUUGAGUUUGAUUUAUGUCAAUUUUCUGAUUACCAAAGCAACAUUGAUCAUUUGGUUUCAUAUCCUAGACAACUUGUUUUCCACAUCAGAUAAACUGGGAUCAAAAUUUUCAAGUUCAUCUUUUAUAUUGAGAUUCCAGAGAGGUAUUAUAUUUUUGUGAAAGCAUGCCAUGACAGUUCCUGAAAACAUAUGUCUGCGUAUUAGCAAUGUGAUAGGUGGCCCUAAUUUCCCACACCUUGCCACUUAAAUUUAAUGUUUUUGUUAAUAUCUAAUUGAAAUAGUUUAUUUUGAAAAUAAAAAAACUUAAUUUUGCAAAUCAAAUGCUCUCGAUACCAGCUUAUCAUUAUUUUAUUUCCAUAUUUUACCAUAUAACAUAUUGCUUGUCUAAAUGCUGCUAAAAAUGGAGAACACCUAUGAAAAUAUAUAAGGGCAUAUUCCUUAGUCUUAAUCAACAGAGAUGACAUGCAUAGUUGGUGUGAAGUAUGAGGUUAACAGUUUUGUUUACCAGAACUUAAUUCGAGCUUCUUUUGUCAAUGAAUUCAACAUAUCUUUUAGUGUGCUUAGUUGAAUGUUUUGUGUUCAUAUCUAGCAUUCAGUAUGUUUAUUUUGGAGUGCUUUUAUCAUGUGUUCCAUGUUGUCUAUCAUUUACUUCCCUUAGGCAUUGCGAGGUUCCACUAGGUCCAAUGCCAUCUUUCCCCCCGUCUUAUUUAAGUUACAUAAACAAAUAUUAGGCCACUAGUUCAUCUGCUGUUUUGACAGUAUUUUUGUCUAUAUUAUGUUACUGACAAGAAUGUAUUAUCACUGCAUAUAACAGCUACAGUUCACAAUUGCAUUAAAUUCAGAUAUUUUACUGCGAUCCAAUGCCAUUCUUCACUUUAGGAGGGGCUGUCGGGUAGCCUAGUGGUUAAAGCGUUCGCUUGUCACGCCGAAGACCUGGGUUCGAUUCCCGACAUGGGUACAAUGUGUGAAGCCCAUUUCUUGUGUCCCCCACCGUGAUAUUGCUGGAAUAUUGCUAAAAGCAAACUCACUCACUUCACAUAAGGUGAAAUCAGCUUCGAGGCUUCUAAAUUAUCUGUACAAUCAGUGAAGCUAUCUGAUCCCUGUAUCUCGAAAAGGAAUAUAAUCGUGGAGUUCUAAUUGCACAAUAAUGAAUUGUUAGGAUAAUCUAUUCAUCCGUUGCUUCUCAGUGCCUUGGCACUGUCACCCAAUAGGGUGUACCGUCGAGAGUAUAUUUGUGUUCUGUGGCUAAAUUUCUAAAUCAAGGUGGUCAAGAAAUGAAGCCUUAUCAUUUUAGAAAGUUGAUAGGCUCAAGAACCCAUGCAUCCUUCCUUUACAUGGGAGGGGCGGUGGGGGAGCCUUGUGGUUAAAACGUUUGCUUGUCACGCCAAUGACCCGGGUUUGAUUGCCGACAUGGGUACACUGUGUGAAGCCCUUUCCUGGUGUCCCCCAGCAUGAUAUUGCUGGAAUAUUGCUAAAAGCGGCGUAAAACCAUAAUCAUAUACUCACUCGCUCAUUUAGAUUGGGUGGUCCAAGUUCAGGGUUCCUUCUAUGGAGGUGUCCUCUCAUCUUCACACAGAGGGGUACCAUAUCAGAGUAAAAGCUCUAAUUUUGAUGUGAUAGGUGACUGUAACAGUUUUAAUAACAUCUUGUUUGUACAAACACCUUUAAAAACAAAAAAUCACUUAAAAGGGAAAACAAUUUUUUUAAUGUUAUUUUAGACCAGUCAACCCUUUACAUGCAAAAAGAUGGGCUUGUUUCAACAAUUGACACAAUACAGUCUGCAAAAUCCAGCUUGAUAAGGCCUUAACAAAAUUUAGUGACAUUUUCCACUGAAAUAAGAAAUAGAAUAAAAUGACUUUUGCCAAUUUUAUUUUCUUUUUUUUUUGGUGUAGGGGAGGGGGGUUCUGUUUACAAUUAGGUGAAAUGAAAAUAAUGUGAGAUUUUAUCACCACUGUUUGUAAGAAAUAGUGAAUAAUAUGUAUACAAAUCUUUAUUCUAACAAAAAAAUACCCAGUCAAUUAUCUUUCAGUAUCGUUUCACAACUGUUCUUCUUUGAUGGUAGGACCUACAUGUUUUUCAUUCAUUAGUAGCAGUACUAAUCUGAAAGUUCAAAUUAUAAAAAAUAUUUUUUUCAACCACCUGCAUUGAAUUUAAGCCCAAAAAUUUGUAAACCAACUGAUAAAAAUUGAAAGGCCUAAUCUACUUCAGUCACAAACUGCUUAGACCAGCUUUAUUUAAUUGUUUAAAUCAUGGUUCAACCUGCUCUAACUUUUGAAAAGUGGAAAAAAAAGAAUGUUACUUUCUGCUGAGCGACAAUCUCAUUAAUGGUCGACAAAAAAGGACGAAAUUAGUAUCCAUACUGCAUUUCAUAUCUAGUAAAUAAGAAUGUCUAAAAGUUAACUGCAGCUUUGGUGUCCAAUUAAAAAAAAGCCCGCCUCCAACUGUAAUGCCCCACCUGGAUGAGUUUAUGAUUAAAAAAAAAGAAAGAAAAUGUUUGCCUUGUCUCACUUUGACAGGGACAAUAUAUGAAUUUUUAUGCAGGGUGCCAAUUUUAGACUUGCCACAGACUCUAGAGCGAGGAAGCAAGCCCUUCUCAGUCAACUCCUUGACUGAACUCCAUCCAUUGGUCAGCUGGAACACUCUUCAUCUUACUAUUUUUCUUUACUUUCUUUAGUUUCUGCAUUUUUCUAGACCUUUUUGUCUUGUAUUUGUGGCCUUGACAGGUAAAUCAUAGUACAAUCCCUCCAGUUUCUUUUCAGUCUACUUAUAUCAGUGUCUCACCUCUCGCAGACCUCUAACAGUUAACCACCUAGUAGGAUACACAGUUCAGUUAAUCACAUGAUACAAGGCAAAAUAUGGUACAGUAACAAGAAACAAGGCACGUGGUACAUAAAACAAGAUAAAACAUGGUACAGUGAAUCAUAAAACAAGGCAAAACGUGGUACAGUGAAUCACAUGAAACAAGAUAAAACGUGGUCCAGUGAAUCACGUGAAACAAGACAAAAUGUGGUACAGUGAAUCACAUGGCUCACAGAAAGCAGUGGACUCAUGCAAAACACUUUUGCAUUAUCCUAGUGCAAGCAUAGGACUCUGUGAAUAUUUUCAAAAAUCUGUCAGUUUCCUUUUUUGAUGUUACUUUUCAGUUCACAAGCAGGUAUAGAAUUGAAGGACUUCGAAAAAGUUUUGUUGCUUCAACAUAUCUACUUUUGUCUCACAUAUCAUGGAAAUAGAACGUAGGUGUGUAAUGCAUCUCGGUCUGUUCCCACAGUAACAUGCCAUGCUACAGGACAAGGAUAAACAUAUUCUAGAUACCGAGCUACUGUUCAAGAAAUGGGCAAUUGUCAUGUACUUCACUGUACCAUGUUUUAUCACAGCAUUGUCGCCAUGGGAUCUAAACACUGACCUUGUUUUCAUAUUGUAGAAGUUUACCAUUCAUAUAUUUUAGUGUAAAUUAUAGUUAAUUUUGCUGGGAGAAAAUCUAUAUUGCAUUUGCAUUACAAUUCCAUUUAUCAAUGAUAUUGUAUUACUUAUUAAUAUGAUAAAUAUAUUUUUGCAAUAUAUUUUUGAAAAAAAUGUCAUCGAGACAAAGAAAAGCGUGCUUGGUGCCCUACAAAAAAAACCUAAUUAUUCUUUUCAUUGUUCCAAAUAUUUUCUUUUCUUUUACCAUUGUAAAGUGAAGUUGGAAAUGUUCUGAGUAUUCAAUGAUCAGUUUUCCUAUUAGUCAGGUGUAUCCACUGUGAAUAAAUUCUUGAAAUAACCAGUCUGUUUGUUGUGUUUUAUGAACAUUAUCCAAGUAAAAUGAUAGCAAGUCGUAGCUCAGCCAGAAAAAAAUACAGCAUAAACAGUUCUGUGGAGUAAGCUCAAAUAAUCAUACUGACUCCACCAUGUUUCUGAAUAUGCUUCCACUUUAAGGAUAACAACUGUAAAAGGAUCUGUCAGCUGACAUGAAAAGUCUUAAGGUCGUAUUGUAAUAAAGACAACAAACCAACAUUAUCCAUUCUAAAGUUUAUUAUGUACAUAAUAAAUAAACCCUUUCUACGGGUCCAACAAACCAUACCACUUCAAGACCAGCACGGAAAUGACUAACAAGAGCCAGAAAAAUGGCCAAUAGGAUCUCGCUGACCACAGGAAUGAAGCAAGAGAUCUGUGUCCACAGGGACCAAUUU